UCGAGAGAGAGAAGAGUCACCGGUGGGAGGAGAGUGCGGGGUUUAAUUCACCUUAUUCAAAGUUCGUGAGCGCGUGUUUUGAUGGGCAAGCCUUUUGGAGAGCGUGGGGGCUGCGAAAUCAGACGGACCCGACUGAACUUCCUUCCUCGCCUGGACCUGAGGGGAGGAAAAAAACGAAGGAGACGAGAAAAAACAGGUCGACGCUUUUAUAAAUGGGGAUUGUGCUCAGCUUUCAGCCGCUGUAUCAGCUUCAGGUCGUCAAACACAGACGUUCACGCCACCGGAGUCACAAUCGGAGGCCUUUUUAAGAUCGGCACCAUGAUUCCGAGAAUGCCUCUUUUCUCUCUGCUUUUCCUCUGCGGGCUGCAGGAAGCUCUCCUCUCUCCGCUCGUACGUUGUUCCAAGAAUGCAUUUUGUGCUUUCGACGUUCCCGUGGAUCUUCGAGGCGCCAAAGAAACGUGUGAAAAAUAUUCUGGAAGCUUAUAUCAGUUAAACUCCAAGGAAGAACUUGGUGAUUUAACGACUCUAACCAGACUCAGCGGUAAAUACUGGCUCCAGAGCAGCGACGAGACGGGUCCGAACUGCCCCGUGGUCUCCAUGAUGGAGGGACAGGGCGCCACAGUGGUGAGGGUUCCGUGUCAAGACCAAAAGCUGGACGGAUUUUUCUGCCAGAUGACCGAGUAUUGCAGUCCGUUGAAUGCGUCGCCAGGCACAGCUGUGAACUACACCUUAGAGACCUUUAAGUUCGGUUAUUCGGAGGUUUUUCCACUGGGAACCACGGCUGAAGAACGAAAGCUCGGUGGUAAAUAUCCAGAGUCGAAGCACUUGUGCUACGACAAGUGGCUGAAAGCUCCGUGGAAAUGUGAGGUGAUGGGUGGAGGCUGCGAGCACGAGUGCGAUUCUUCAGUACCCGGCUGCGUCUGUCCCACCGGGCUCGUCCUCCAUCGUAAUAACGUCUCUUGCUCCACGGGCCCGUGCACAGAGUGCGCGCAAGGAUCCCAGCGGGAGGAUGACAGCUUCCAGUGCAAGUGCAACAAAGGCCACGACCUGGGCCAGGGGGGGAAGAGCUCCGUGGAGGCGGAUGAAUGUAAGGCAUGCACAGCUGAUCAGAUGUGUGUGAGUACGCGCGAGGGCCAUGAGUGCAGGUGCAGAUUUCGCGGCUUCGUUUUGGAGGAGGGAGAGUGCCUAAAUCUAACGAUCUGUAAAUCCUGCGAGCACGACUGCGCUAAAGUCAACGGGGAGUACCGGUGUGUGUGCCGGCGCGACUACAUGGUGUCACCGUCAGACCCCACCAAGUGUACGCUGAACUGCACCGAGAGGGACUGCAGAUGCAGCUCAUCGGCAGGCUGCGAAUGCCUCGAUGGCUACGUUAAAGACAACGUGAAUGGCACAGACUUUUGCACAGAUAUAGACGAAUGCGAGGCUCAGCGUAUGUGUGACCACGUGUGUGAAAACUUCUUCGGUGGUUACAGGUGUCGCUGCCGCGAAGGCUUCCAGCUGCGGGACAAUGGCAAGUGCGUGAGCCUGUCCGAGGAGCAGGAGGAAGAAGACGAUGGUUCAGGCUCUCCCUCUCUGAGCGUCACAUCAACCGGCGAGCCGACCAGCGCUCACCCGGCUUCACUGCCCCCCUACAUCAAAACCGGCAGCGUCCUGGGCAUCGCCGUGUUCAUCGUGCUGGUUGGCGUGCUGCUGGUUUUCCUGCUGCGGAACAUCUUUAAACGUUGCGGCAGUCUUGAACUCCCACCCCUCAAACGACCAGAUAUAGAUAUCUUCUAUCUGCAGCAGGUGACCACGGAGACCUACAAGAGGCUGUCCUUCGACAAGCAGAUUAAAAAUGACACCCAGAAACUUGAACUGAACCUGUGAAGUCGCACAGGUGAGCCUUCAUUUCAAGUCAAACGCACUGGUUUCUCCGCGGAGAGGCUUCAUAGCCCAGCACUGCAAUAAAUGGCACAUAGUAAAUUUAGAGUAUAGACGCUGCACAUUAAGAUAUUCAUCUGAAUGUUUUCUACAUGGGAGCACAGUUACUGGCCUAUGGUUUGUAUUCCACUAAAACACAUUCUGCUCAGUUUAUGGGGUGUCAUUUGUGCCAAAAUUAUGCUGACAAGCGUGGAGUCAUUUAUUUCUUGUCUACUUCGAGCAAAAUUGUUUUCGCAUGCAGGCUGUUUGAGUUAACCCUCACAGCACCUUUAAUUUUGCUCUCCUGCAUUGUUCAGCAUGUGGGCCCGAUGUGCCGCUUGAGCGUUAUGUCUUUCUUCUAGUUAUUUGUAAAGAAAACAUAUUUUUGAAUUGUAUGUAAUAAUAUCCAGAAUAAGAAUUCAUUUUUCAAAAACUGCUCAAACAAAAUCCAGAAAAAUAUACAAAAAAAUAGUUUUCAAUUAAAUAUUAGAUGGAACUGCAAAAAGAUGUUGGAAGAUGUCGUGAAAAAUCAUCGCACAGUCUGUUUGUUAAAAUAGUGUGGCACAGAUUAAUUCAGGAUUCGAUUCAAAGUUGAAAAGCAGAAACAAAUGCUUCAUCGGAUAUAUUCAGACAUCCUUUUGGCACAGGUGGAUAAAUUACCGACAGUUUGCAGUAAUGUAUAAAUGAUACUAUGAUGGAAGAAAUCUGACAGUAAUGGUACUGAAAAGUUUAUCUAUAGCUAGAGUCCCAUUCCAAACAGGCUCAUAACAGCCAUGCUGUUACAAGGCGAUCCAUCUUAUUGGUCCUCAAGAAAAUGCUUUUGUAUUUGAGAAGUUAAACCUUGCGGUCACUCUCCAGUUUUGAAGGAGCUACUGUUGCUCUUUGUAGCCUUAACGACGUACCGUGACUGACGUUUGCUCACAAAAUUGGCCCCAAACAUAAGACAUUUUGGAGUGAAUCGCCAAAUUCUCUUUAUGUAUGAUUUCCCUGGGUGUAAAACUUUGAUUUUUAUGUUUAUUUUUUUGUGGACAUGAGGAAUGUCCAUAAAAAAAAUUCCCUUGAAU